CGUGUGUACUUCACUUGCAUAAUCGGCACUGCUGUAGAAGAACCGUUUUAUUGUAGUAUGGUCACCACGUAAUAUUAUUAAUGUGUGUUUUUAGAGAUAUUGAAUAUGAUGGAAGAGUAAUGGAGAAUGCCUCCUAUGGGAGUUGACCGGUGGGACGAUGGCCCACACUUGGUUACCAGUGACAGUGAGAUGUCUUCGAUGCUGUCGGAUUAGCUUAAAUCGUUCUAUAUCAAAUGUUCUUCCAUCAAGUAUAAUACACAGACAAUAUUCAUCGAAACCAGCAACUGCAGAACUUGAGAGUGAUGACAGUGACUGUGAGUUUACCAAUGGAAAACCUAUCAAAUGGCCACCACCAGAGAACUCAGAACAAACACCGAUGAAUAGUAAGGAACAUGAUUUCCUCCUAAAACGAGGCGAGCAAGGCUUCAUCAUCUUUAACAAACCUGCAUCUUCACUGAUCCAUAUACACAAGGAAAAUGCUAAAAAACAUGAAGAAUUCUUUUUCCCUAAGUCAAGUACUGGUUUUAAGUACACUUCCCGAGCCAUUGUUGCUCAGUUGAUCCAGCAGGAUCGUGUAUCUGUUGACACACUGCAGGAGGAGCGCCAGCUAACAAGUCCAGGGCUGCAACGCCAAUCAGUUGAUGAUUUCAACUGGAAGGAACAAAAACUGGACAUAUCCAACCUCCCCAACUACUAUAAACGGCUGUCCAAGAUCAGAUUGACUGGUCUGGUUGUGCUUACUACCAUGGCAGGUUAUGGGAUUGGCCCAGCAGCUUUUGAUCCUGUUACAUUUGCUCUGGUUUCCCUGGGAACAGCUCUGACUUCAUGUUCAGCAAAUGCUAUUAAUCAGUAUUUAGAAGUUCCUUUCGAUUCACAAAUGAACAGGACAAAGAACCGAGUUCUUGUACAAGGCCACUUAAGCCCCCUACAUGCAGUAAUGUUUGCCGGUGUGUCUGGCAGCUUGGGUCUGGCUAUCCUCACCUUAGGUACCAACCCUAUAACAACCGCCUUGGGAGCUUUUAACCUUGGCCUCUACACAAUGGUGUACACACCAAUGAAAAGGAGCAGUACUGCCAACACGUGGGUAGGAUCUGUGGUGGGAGCUAUACCCCCUAUGAUGGGCUGGGCAGCUUGUACUGGAGGACUAGAACCAGGUGCAUGGCUACUUGGCGCUAUCCUUUUUGCAUGGCAGUUCCCCCACUUUAAUGCCUUGAGUUGGAACCUGAGGCCAGACUAUUCUCGUGGUGGCUAUAGGAUGAUGUCUGUGAUUAAUCCUGCUCUGUGUAAACGUGUUGCUCUACGCUACUCUGUGGCAAUGAUUGGGCUAUGUACCUUGGCACCUAUCAUGGGGGUGACUUCCUGGACAUUUGCUGUUGAUUCACUGCCAUUUAACCUGUACAUGUCGUACCUCGCUCUUCGUUUUUAUCAGAAAGGAGACAGCAAUUCAUCACGUAAACUCUUUCGUUUCACACUGUUGCAUAUCCCUGCAGUUCUGGUACUGAUGCUGCUAAGUAAAAUCACCAUGGAUAAGGUUGUUCCUGCCGAGGUAACCACAGACAGUGUCGCUGACAAUGUAACAACUUCUGAAACAGCCACCUCUGUUACAACAGUUACUGUUAACACAAACAAAACUGGUAACACAGAGGGAAAUAUUUCUAUACCAGAAAAGGCAGCUUAAUAUGUGGAACAAACAGCUUCUGUUCAGCAUGUUAAUUGAAGCUUAUUGACCACCUUUUGUGAUAUCAGGGUUGUAAUAACAAAAACGUCAUGUUUACUACAAAUGGUAAGAGGCAUAAUACACAUACUGGUCACCAGUGUCCGGUUGAAUGUGUAUGGAUGCUUGUAGAAAAUGACCAUUGUCCGGUUUAAUGUGUUUGGGUGCUUGGAGAAAAUGACCAGUGUCCUGUAAAUUCUGUAUGGGUGCUCGGGAGAGAAAAAAAAACGCCUGUACUGUGAAUUUCUAAUUUGUUAUUGACACAUUUGCUGUCAGGUUAUAACAGUCAUGACAUGGUAUAGUGAUCACUAAGGAAAAUAGGUUUUAUAUAUUCUACCUGAAGUGAAAUGUAAGGAAAACAUCACAUUCCUAAUGGAUGGUGGAAUGCUUGUGAUAUAAUUUUCUGGUGUGAUAUGAUUGUAGCAGCUGUUUUAUAUAAAAUUAAUGAUAUAGAGUGGAAGAUGGAUGUGAAACACUUUUGAGUAUGUGGUUUGUGAAACACAUUUGAACAUGUGACUUGUAUGCUUAAUGAAUGAGAUCCAUAUGCAUGUUGAGUUGGUAUGUACUUGAACUUACCAAUGUUGACAUAAUUUAAACACAAGAUCUCAUUGCUUAUUAGAAAUACACAUGUUAAGUGUUAUAAAAAUGUAGCUGAAAUCUGCUUUCAAUAAUGAGAAAGAUACCUCAAAUUUACAAGUUAUAAUUAAUUGUAUGCAAUUUAAAUUUGAUAGGUGUUUCUUAAUUUAAUGUGAAAAAUAUUUUAAGAACAUUGUCAUGAUAUGAAGUCCUUUGUUUAACAUGAGCCAUUAAUAUUACGAAAUGAACUACGAGUUGUAAAUGUACAUUUUGUUUUUAUUUAUUGUGACAAUACAGAUAAGAUGGCUGAGAAUUGUCACUUAUCAUUUUUGAAAAGUAAAAAAAAAAUGUUCUGAAUAAUAAUACAAAAAUAUAACCCCAUUGUGAUUCCUUAUCUGCCCAUUUGAUGAGGAACUUUAGCCAUGGAAACGUGAUGAAUGACAACUAAACUAUCCUUCAGCAAAUGGUGAAAAUUGAUAUUUUGUUAAUCAUUGUUCAGGAGAAAUUGAUGUGACAUUAAAAUAAUGGUUAAAAACAGUGUUAUGAUUCUUACAAACCUAAUAAAGCCAGGUAUUUUACAA